UUGUGUGUUCGUUCUAUGUUCUAUCUGUGUUGGGAGAAAUUAAAUAGUUUUUCUCGAGUGAGUGCUUCGUUGUUCUCUCGCCAUCCCCAAUAAAUUCUUGUCUUUUUUCGAUAUAUUACAAUAUUCACUUUUGAUUUUAUAUUAAAGUGAUAAAAUCUCAAUCAAUUCACUGUUAAUAAACAUUCAUUGGCAUUGGAAAUUGACAUACCCAAAAUAUAAUCCAUUAAAAAAAAUUGCGAAUCGAGUCAGACUCUCAGACAAAAGAUUCUCAUAUUCGCAUUCACAUUCACAGUCUGAGACGACAACGACGACGGGUUUGUGUGUGUCAUAGAGUAGUCUAAGAUUCUAAUAAAAGAAAUUAAAACAUUUACAUAUUGCUCAUGUAAAUUACACAACAAAGCGUAAUCAGUUUUGCAUUCUCGAAUUUUCUUUUCGUCUUCUAAACUUGAUUUUUGUUUGAAAUACGUUUCAAAAAGAAAAAAAAUUGCCUUGAAAGCGUUUUUUUUUUAGUUUUCGUUUUUUUUUGUUAAAUAUCUACCUACUUGCUCUCUCUCCCCCUGGAGGAGGAACAAAGAAAGUUUUUUAUUUGUCACUUUUUUUUUAAAAGAACUAUAUACUUUGCCCAUAAGUAGGAGCGAGACAACUAGAACAAAAUUGAUUCAAAACCGCUCCUGGUGCCACCCGAUGUCUAGUACUGAAUUUAUCGAUAAUUCCGUUGAGCCCCCAGCCGCCAAAAAGCGGAAGCUGCUUGCUAACGAGCAAGCAAACGCCACCGCCUCAGUAGCCGCUGAGGAAAGCACAACACCAUCAUCAGCUACUCCAACUAGUAGCAGUUGUAGUAAUCUUGAUAAAGGAUUUGAAGUUAAUCCAACUUCAACCACUACCACCCCCCGACAACAAUCAGCAACGGCAAUAGAAGCCGUAAGCAGCACGAUUGUUGGCGAAGUAUCGUCAUCCUCUUCUGUUUCGUUAAAUUCUUUGUCGUCGAAAGCAGCACAAUCAUCUUGUUCGUCUUCUUCGGCCAUUUCAAGCUCCAACACGAAUAGCAGUUCUUCCACCAAUAAUAAUUCCACCAAUUCCAACUCGUCGUCGAACAGCAACAACAAUAUUAUUAACAGCAGCAGCAGAAAAGACAGUACUUGUGCAGCUAACGUUUCAUCAUCUUCGUCGGCGGAACAAGGAGCAAGUAGCAGGGCAACCAAAGAAAAGGAUUCUUCAGCAGCAGAAAAAACAGGAACAUCAACUAUGGCAAAUAGUGGAAAUAGCUCUGCAGGCGAUAUCGACGAGGCACUUUACUCGCGCCAAUUGUAUGUCCUCGGUCACGAUGCAAUGCGUCGAAUGGCCAAUUCGGAUAUUCUUGUAUCUGGAUUGGGUGGCCUCGGCCUGGAAAUAGCCAAGAACGUAAUUCUUGGUGGCGUGAAAUCGAUCACAUUGCAUGAUAAGGUCUCGUGCACGAUUCGUGAUUUGUCUUCUCAGUUCUAUUUGAGUGAGGCCGAUGUUGGAAAGAAUCGCGCCGAGGCCUCUUGUGGCCAGUUGGCUGAGUUGAAUAAUUAUGUGCGCACCACUGCAUAUACAGGUGAUCUAACUGAUGAUUUCCUAAAGCAGUUCCGUGUAGUCGUCUUAACAAACUCAAAUGCUGACGAGCAACAACGCAUUGGAAAGUUUGCCCAUGAAAAUAACAUUGCAUUGAUUAUCGCCGAGAGCCGUGGUCUCUUCACAAAAAUAUUCUGCGAUUUCGGUGAAAAUUUCACCAUCUACGACCAAGAUGGUCAACAACCACUUUCAACUAUGGUGGCUGGAAUCACCAAAGAUGCGCAAGGUGUUGUUACAUGUCUAGAUGAGACACGUCACGGACUCAAUGAUGGUGAUUACGUUACCUUUUCGGAAGUCCAAGGAAUGACCGAGCUGAAUGGUUGUCAACCUCUGAAAAUCAAUGUACUCGGACCGUAUACAUUCAGUAUUGGCGAUACUAGCGCCAAUAGUGAAUAUAUUAGAGGUGGAAUUGUAACUCAAGUCAAAAUGCCAAAAACUGUUGACUUCAAACCUCUGGCUGAAGCAGAGAAGGAACCCGACUUCCUCAUUGCUGACUUUGCCAAAUUCGAUCAUCCUGGAACUUUGCAUACAGCAUUUGCAGCAUUGCAGAAAUUUAUCGAAGAAACUGGCAACUGUCCACGUCCUUGGAACAACGAUGACGCUCAAAAAUUCCUUCAACUCUGUAAAUCGGUUAAUCCCGAUAUCAAUGAAAAGCUCGUGCUGACCUUUUCGAAGACUUGCGCCGGUAAUUGUUGCCCCAUCGAUGCUGCACUUGGUGGCAUAGUCGCUCAGGAGGUGCUGAAGGGUUGCAGUGGCAAAUUUACACCAAUUUUCCAGUUCUUGUAUUUUGAUGCUAUUGAAUGUUUACCCGAUGAAGAUAUCUCGGAGGCAGAUGCCCAACCAAUUGGCUCUCGUUACGAUGCUCAAAUUGCAAUUUUCGGAAAGAACUUCCAAGAUAAACUUGGAGACAUCAAAUACUUCAUUGUGGGAGCUGGUGCCAUUGGUUGUGAGCUACUCAAGAACUUUGCCAUGGUUGGUGUAGGUUCGGGCAAGGGUGAAAUUGUCAUCACCGAUAUGGAUCUCAUUGAAAAGUCGAAUUUAAACAGGCAAUUUUUGUUCCGUCCCAAGGACGUUCAAAAAUCAAAAGCGUUGACCGCUGCCACCGCUAUUAAGCGGAUGAAUAAUGAUGUGAAAGUAACCGCAUAUGAAUUACGUGUUGGUGUUGAAACCGAAAAGGUAUUUUCGGAAGAGUUCUUUGGCAAGUUAGAUGGUGUAGCCAAUGCCCUGGAUAAUGUUGAUGCCCGUAUUUACAUGGAUCGUAAAUGCGUAUUUAAUCGCAUACCAUUGGUUGAUUCUGGAACUUUGGGCACAAUGGGUAAUGUGCAAGUAAUCGUGCCAUUUCAAACAGAGUCCUAUAGCUCAUCUCAGGAUCCCCCAGAGAAGAGCAUACCCAUUUGUACAUUGAAGAAUUUCCCAAAUGCAAUUGAACAUACUUUGCAAUGGGCUCGUGAUACAUUCGAAGGGGUAUUCCGUCAAGCAGCUGAAAAUGCUUCACAGUACAUUUCGGAUCCUGGUUUUAUUGAGAGAAUUAUAAAAUUGCCCGGCAUUCAGCCAUUGGAUAUCUUAGAAUCUGUUAAGGUUGCUCUUAUCGAUGAUAAACCAAAAGAUUUUGCUGAUUGUGUGAAAUGGGCUCGUCUGCACUGGCAGGAGCAGUACUCCAAUCAAAUUAAACAGCUUCUGUUUAACUUCCCGCCGGAUCAAGUCACUUCAAGUGGCCAACCAUUCUGGUCCGGACCAAAACGUUGUCCAGAACCACUUACAUUUGAUGUCAAUGAACCAUUGCAUUUAGAUUACAUUUAUGCUGGUGCAAAUCUCAGAGCUGAAGUAUACGGAAUUCCCCAAGUUCGUGACAGAAAGGCAGUAGCAGAACUUGUUUCGAAAGUCCAUGUUCCCGAAUUUAAACCACGUUCAGGCGUUAAAAUUGAAGUGAACGAGAAUGCUUCUUCGAACAAUCAAUUCGACAAUGACAGCGAAGUUGACCAAGAUCGUGUCAACAAGAUACUUACCGAGUUAACAAAUCUAGGAAAACUGAACUUCAAAAUCACACCUCUUGAAUUUGAAAAAGACGAUGAUAACAACUUGCACAUGGACUUUAUCGUAGCAUCGUCGAAUCUGCGUGCUGCCAACUACAAUAUUCCACCAGCAGACCGACACAAGUCCAAGCUGAUUGCCGGAAAAAUUAUUCCAGCCAUUGCCACUACAACAUCUGUGGUUUCUGGAUUUGUUGUCCUGGAAGUCAUUAAGCUUUUGCAUGGCCAAAAGCCACUGUCGAAGUUCAAGAACGGUUUUAUCAACCUCGCCUUGCCCUUCUUAGGCUUCUCUGAGCCGCUGCCAGCUGAAAAGAACACAUACUACGGUGUUGAGUGGAACUUGUGGGAUCGCUUCGAGGUCAAGGGCGAGAUGACUCUGCAAGAGUUCCUCGAUUACUUCGAACAUAAGGAAAAACUCAAGAUAACCAUGCUGUCUCAAGGUGUAUCGAUGUUGUAUUCGUUCUUCAUGCCAAAGGCUAAAUGCGCUGAGCGCAUGCCUUUGCCAAUGACCGAGGUGGUUCGUCGAGUUUCGAAAAAACGAAUUGAAUCACAUGAGCGAUCGUUGGUGUUUGAAAUUUGUUGCAAUGAUGAGGACGGUAACGAUGUAGAAGUACCCUAUGUACGAUACACUCUACCCUAAAGCAGCAAAACGUAGUCUGUUAUGAAUUCAUAAUUUUAUUUGUGUCGCGUAUUUUAAGUUUUUCAUAUUAAAACUCUAUUAAAAGAGUAAAAUUAAACACAAAAAAAAAAAAAAACAGUAUCAUAGAAGCUCAGCCAAAACAGAAAAAACAUAAAGAAAAAAAUUGGGCAAGAUGAGUUGACAAAAAAAUACGUAACAUAUUCGAUUGAGUAAUUAUUUUUUUUAUUAAUAUAACAUCGCGUUCGAUUUACCAUAAACAAAAUAAAUGUAACAUUAAAAAUUGUUUAGUUUAACUAUGGCUGAUGUGAAUUCAAUAAAAUUUAAAUAUAUAUUUAUA